ACAAAUCGCCAUCUCAUCCGUCAGUUAUUUUUUAAAAUUAUACUUUGACGUUUGUCACGUAUUUUUUUUCAUCUUCAAGUUUGUCCAAAAAUGCCUAAAGUCCAGCCCAAAGUGGCGAAAAAGAUAAUCACCGGCCAUGCCACUGAAUACAGCAAUAAGCCCCAGAUCGUGGCUGCCGAUCUGCCAAUUAGUGAUAGAGCUACAAAGAGAGUCAUCGCUCCGUUUGUCCGAAUCGUCCGAAAGGGACAAAAGCCGCACGAAGCUGAAGAAAGCAAACAUUUUAGUUUUUUUCUUCAAAGGAAACCGAGUGUUCUAAUCCGCGACCUAUCCUCCUUUUUAUCCGAUAGUGUCGAUCUGCCAUCUUUACUACACGAAACUGCCGACGUCUUGAAAAGCAUAACGAACGCAGCGGGAGUUACUUUAUACAUGAUGGACGCUGCAACUAACGAAAUUUACCAAAGUAACAAAUUCCCGCAGCGGGACCGCUACAAGAUCAGGUGGAAAAUCCAAGAAGGGACAACCACAGCAGUUUAUGUGGCGUACAAAAAAAACUACGUUUUGAUUGAUGAUAUUAUUGAAGACGACCGCUUUCCUGAAGGGAUCGGAUACGAAACUGAGACUAUUAAGUCGGUGCUUUGCGUCCCUGUUGUAACACCCGAUGGGGAAUGUUUCGCAGUUAUUGAGCUCUACCGUCAAUUAUUUGACGAGCCGUUCUCAAAAGAUGACCUCAAAAUCACCCUCAUUGUCACAGGGUGGAUGGGGGCUGCUAUCCACCAAAACUCGCGUAGACUUGCCCUCCAACGCCAACAAGAACUCAACGACUAUCUUCUAGAUUUGACUAAAUGCUUCUUUGGCGAGUCGGUUGUGAUGGAAAAAAUGAUUUCAGAAAUAGUCAAUUUCGCAAAAGUGACUCUUAACGCUGAGAAAGGAACAAUUUUUAUUAUCGAUCGGGACAGUGGAGAUGAUCUUGUUGCCGAUAUGUACGAUGAUACCGAGGACGGAAAAGAAUUCAAAAAAGCACAAAAAGUGCGUUUUUCGAAAGAGCGCGGAAUUGCGAGUCUUGUGGCCCGAUCAGGGAUCACAGUCAAUGUUAAAGAUGCGUAUAAGGAUGCACGUUUCAAUAAGGAAAUUGAUCAGAAAACAGGAUUUAUCACAAGAUCAAUUCUGUGUAUGCCUAUAGUCGGAGUAGAAGGAAUUUUAGGAGUAGUACAAGUUGUAAAUAAGAAAAGAGGUGGUCAUUUCACAAGUACUGACGAAUCGUUGUUUAGAACCUUCUGUGUGUAUUGUGCACUUGCUUUGCGAUUCACUAAAGUGCAAAAGCGGAUGCAGUCAACGAGACUGUUGAAUAAUUGUUUCCUGAAGAUGAUCCAACUGCAAGUGAAACCUUGCAUCCACGAUAUCAUCACAUACAACGUGGCAAACUCACAAGUGGUGAUCCCCAUGGAUUUUGACCACUUUGGGUGGCACAUUAAUACAGAAGAUCACCCGAAAAUGCCCCAGUAUAUACUUUACAUGUUCCUCCAAUUGAUUAAAAAUACACUACAUCCUGAACGUUGCAUCCACUACAUCCUUUCGGUGAAAAAAUUCUACAGGCGGAAUCCUUACCACAACUUCGAGCAUGCGUUCAAUGUAGUCCAUUGCAUGUAUCUUAUAUUGAAACGAAACAUCAAACAAUUUACUGAGACUGAAAUUAAAGCCUUAAUGAUUGCUGCUCUCUGCCACGAUGUGGACCAUCCAGGUUUCACGAAUAAUUUCCUCGAGUUGAGUAACAACGAUUUGGCCAAUUUGUACGAAAAUUCGUGUUUGGAAAACCACCAGUAUUACGUGGCUAUGUUGUUACUCGACCAUAAUAAAGUUCUGACACACCUUUCAAAAGAGGAGUACGAGGUUUUGAGGACAGAAAUCAAACAAGCAAUCAUCGCAACUGAUCCUUUGGUUUACUUUGCGAACCAAAUCAAUUUGGAGAAGAUUUGCAAUACGCAUUCGUUUGACUGGGGUAAUGAGACACACCGUUAUUAUUUGAAAGGGACCAUGAUGAUGGUUGCUGAUCUCUCGGGGAUGUGUAAGCCGUUUCUGGUGUCGAAACGAAUUACGGACAAUUUAUAUGCCGAGUGUUACUUGCAAGGGGAUUUGGAGAAGGAAAUGGGGCUUUGUCCCUUAUCUAUGAUGGAUAGGGACAAGAGCAAUUUUAUUCCAGAGGAUCAAGUUACUUUUAUAACCACUGUGAUACUCCCUUGUUUGGACAUUUUGGCCCAACUUUUGCCAAACACUGAGGCGUUAUACAGCGACACCAAAUUAUUGGUCCAAAACUGGCAAGAUAUUAUCGACGUCAGAGGCAAGAAAUGCUGGCGCCAGGACGACUCUAUUGUAGAAAAAAGAUAUAAUUAUUAACGUAAUUGAAAUAAAAAAUUAAAUCCAGUUA